UUGUCUUUCUCUCAACACGCACUUCCUUGUCACUCUUUUACAUCCGUUUCCAUGUCGAAGUGAUUCCACUCUUUUGUCAAUUCGACCAUACCUACAGUAUAUAUCUCUAAAAACACCCGCCUACCUGAUUAGGCUGUCAUUCCUUUUAUCUAUACAGAGAUAAUUCUUAAUAUCCGACACUCCCUACCUCUAGUUUCAUUGCAAAUUACGACCUCCAUAAUGCAUUUUUCAUCGCUCUCAUUGCCUCUCACGGCUUUGAGCCUUGUCACUCCUUCUCUAGCCUAUCCCCAGCUCAAGUUUGAACAGCGCGCUGCACGGGGUAACACUAGUGAGUCCCGUGCGAAUGCCGUGAAGGAGGCUUUCGUACAUGCUUGGGAUGGUUACAUGCAGUAUGCUUACCCACAUGAUGAGCUACACCCUAUCUCGAACGGUGCCGGUGAUUCGCGGAAUGGCUGGGGUGCGUCCGCCGUGGAUGCCCUAUCCACGGCCGUCAUUAUGGGCAAUGACACCAUCGUCAACCAGAUUUUGGAUCAUGUUGCCGGGAUUGACUACUCUAAGACUGAUGAUCAAGUGAGCCUGUUUGAAACGACAAUCCGAUACCUGGGUGGCAUGCUGUCUGGCUAUGACCUGUUGAAGGGUCCGGCCUCGAACCUUGUCAAAGACCCCGCAAAAGUUGAGAAACUUUUGACUCAGUCGAAAAACCUAGCGGACGUACUCAAGUUCGCCUUUGACACUCCCAGUGGUAUUCCCUACAACAAUAUCAACAUUACUUCGCACGGAAAUGAUGGUGCAGAAACCAACGGGCUGGCCGUGACUGGUACCUUGGUUCUCGAAUGGACCCGGCUUUCAGACCUGACUGGUGAUACAGAGUAUGCUAAACUCAGCCAGAAGGCAGAGGACUAUUUGCUCAGUCCUUCACCAAAGAGUGCAGAGCCGUUUGAGGGACUGGCUGGAAGCCAUAUCAACAUCACAAGCGGAAAUUUCACCGACGGAGUGGUGAGCUGGAAUGGAGGCGAUGACUCGUUCUACGAAUACCUUAUCAAGAUGUACGUGUAUGAUCCUAAAAGGUUCAGCAUCUACGGGGAUCGCUGGGUGAAAGCGGCAGAAUCUAGCAUCAAACAUUUGGCAUCCCACCCGUCAACUCGCCCGGACCUGACUUUCCUAUCGUCCUACAACAAUGGCACAUAUAGUUUGAGCUCCCAGCAUCUUACUUGCUUCGACGGCGGCAGUUUCUUGCUUGGCGGGACCGUCCUGAACCGCGAAGACUUUAUCCAAUUUGGUCUGGACUUGGUGAAAGGAUGUCACGAGACUUAUAACCAAACCCUGACUGGAAUCGGACCCGAAAGUUUCGGAUGGGAUCCCAAGAAAGUACCAUCAGACCAGAAGGAGCUGUACGAGCGUGCGGGCUUCUAUGUUAGCAGUGGCGCAUAUAUUCUUCGUCCGGAGGUGAUUGAGAGUUUCUACUACGCCUGGCGUAUUACUGGCCAGGAAAUUUACCGUGAGUGGGUGUGGAACGCGUUUGUCAAUAUUGACAAGUACUGCCGCACCAGCUCAGGGUUUGCGGGUCUGACCAACGUCAACGCUGCCAACGGUGGAGGCCGGUACGAUAACCAGGAGAGCUUCCUUUUCGCCGAGGUGUUGAAAUACGUGUACCUGACCUUUGCUCCUGAUAACGAGUGGCAAGUCCAGCGCGGCAACGGCAACAAGUUUGUCUACAACACCGAGGCUCACCCUGUUAGGGUGGCAGCGUAGUUGUACAUAGCAGUCUACAAUCCGGUAUUGAUAUAAAUAAUCAUUGAACUUUA